AUGGAUACCGUUGAUUUCGAAAGUACAGGCUCAGAUUUUGCCGUUGUCUUCAAGGCAGUCAAUUUGGCUGUCGCUGCUGUUGCCUUUUUCUCUGGCCUCAGUGAAUUGUUUUCAGGUGUUGCUUAUACCUUCCAGGGUAUCUAUGUGGCUGCGUUAGGCUUAUUAAUUGGCUAUCUCGAAUUUAAGGUCCCUCCCCAACUCUACUCUUAUUGCUCCUCGUUCUUUUCUUUCUUGGGAAGAGGCUUAAUUUACUUUUUGAUUGCCAUCUUAAAUUUCCAUGGAUCUGCAAUAAGAAUUAUUAGUGCCUUUAUUAUCUUUGUUAUCGCUAUUGUUUAUAUUGUUCUUGAGUUCGUUCAAAGUAUCCAACCCCCUGAAAAUAUGCAAGGAGAGCAGGGACUUUCGACCGAUGGCUUGGAUGACGUUAUAUGA